UCCAGAGGUGCUGGGCUUUCUGACAGCCAUCGGACUCUUCAUCAUCCUCAUGACCUUCCUCUUCUGGUAUCUCAACAACACGCUGGUUCUGGAGAACCCAGGGAGCCUUCAGGGCCUCGAUGACUUCAGGAAAAACUCAGAGCUGCCAGACAAAGCGUCCUCUGAUGCUGACCUGCUGGACUCGUCCUCAGACAGUGAGGACGAGCUGAUGGGUCAGUAUCAGGAAGCGGUCAGCCGCUCGCAGGGUCUGCGCGUUGGAGCCACGGCCGCCUGCAACGGCAAACACCUUGGAGGGUUCAGAUGGGAAGGCCGCCAAAAGUACAGCCCUCUGACUGCAGGUUAUGAUGGAUACAGCAGCGAGGCGUCUGCAGAUGAUGCAGCCAACUGCAUCCAGAGGAUGAGGAGGACACCGCCCUUGGAUGAGCUCCAGCCGCCUCCCUAUCAGGAUGAGAACGGUUCUCCCAGGAUGUCCUGCACUCUGUCCGAUCUGAGCGACGCCAAAUGCGAUGUGUCCGUGACCAGCGGCAGUCCACACUUGUCCUUUGGAAAGUGUCUCAGUGACGGCAGUGAUGACCAAGAGAGCGAAGGUUACUUCAAUAAAGGCUAUGAAGAAGACGUCCCCAGCGACAGCACGGCUGUCCUAAGCCCAGAGGACUUAUCUGCUCGUGGGUCGAAUGUUCACUUCCCAAAGGGCUACGAACCCGACGGCAUGGCUAAGUACGGCACCUUGGACAUUGUGUUUGACUACGACUCAGAGGAGCAGCAGCUCACCGUCACCAUCAUGGCCGUGACCGACCUGCCCUCCAUCAAACGCACCGGGAACAUUUCCUGGCAGGUCCACCUGGUUCUGCUGCCCACCAAGAAACAGAGGGCAAAGACGGGGAUCCAGCGGGGCCCCUGCCCCAUCUUCACAGAGGCCUUUCGUUUCAGCCACGUGGAGUCGGAGAUGAUCGGAAACUACGCCAUCCAAUUCCGUCUGUACAGCAUCCGGCGGAUGAAGAAGGAGAAGGUGUUUGGAGAGAAGGUGUUCUACCUGACCAAGCUCAACCUGCAGGGCAAAGUUUCUGUGCCAGUCAUCCUGGAGCCAUGCUGUGCACUGCCGGGUGGUGAAUCCCAGCUCAGCCUCUCUGAUCUGACCUGCAGCGAAAGCGCCUCAUCUUUCCCGUCUGUCAGUCAGACUUCUGCUCCAGAGAUCCUUGUGGGCCUGGUGUACAACGCAACCACGGGCCGCCUCUCUGUGGAGAUCAUCAAAGGCAUCCAUUUUAAGAACCUCGCUGCAAACAAGCCACCCAAUACCUAUGUGAAGUUGACCCUACUCAACUCCAUGGGCCAUGAGAUGUCCAAGUGCAAGACGUCCAUCUGCAGAGGUCAGCCCAACCCCACCUACAAAGAGACCUUCAUCUUCCAGGUGGCCCUGUUCCAGCUGUCCGACGUCACGCUCAUCCUCUCCGUCUACAACAAGCGCAGCAUGAAGCGGAAGGAGAUGAUUGGCUGGAUCUCUCUGGGUCUCAACAGCUCCGGGGAGGAGGAGCUGACUCACUGGACCCAGAUGAAGGAGUCCAAAGGACAGCAGGUCUGCCGCUGGCACAGCUUGCUGGAGUCCUAACUGUCACAAGGGGGGAGGUUAUGAGGUAGAAGAAUGCUUUGGCUGUUCAGCGUCAUGCUUUUAUCGCCUAGUUUCUAAAAUUCCUGACAGCCAAACUUCGGAUCAAUCAGCAGAGUCCAGAAAGGAAUCACAGAGCCUCCUAGUGAUCCGCUGAUAGGAUCCUCACCAGAAAACCGGAUCCUCCCUACAAACAUAUUCUUCCACACCUUUUUAAAGAUAUUUUUAUUCUCUUGUGAAUGAAAAUAAGACUUAAUCUUAAUCCACAGCCUGAAUCUGGGAGGACCUUCUGAUCCAGGCCCUUCCUCCACGUCCUGCCUUGGACAGCAGGGUUUCCCAAAGUGGAGAUCCAGAGGGUCAGAUUGGACCCGAUCGUCUAUGACUGAUCUAAAAACUACAGGAUUAUUGAUUAAGGUUAAAAUAAACAUUGCAGCUGCUGAUGUUGUUUGUUUAAUUAGCUUCUAAACAGGCAACAACUGCUGCAGCUCUGCUCUGCUGACGACCGGGUGAGCAUCAAGGUAUCAAUGCUGCAGUCCUUCAACAAAAACCCAACCUCUCCCAUAGUCUCAGAAAGUACAAACAACAGUACGAAUAUCAUUACGAACAACAGAACGAACAUCAUUACAAACAUCAGUACGAACAUCAUUACAAACAUCAGUACGAACAUCAGUACGAACAUCUGUACGAACAUCUGUACGAACAACAGUACGAACAACAGUACCAACGACAUUACGAACAUCAGUACGAACAACAGUACGAACGACAGUACGAACAUCAGUACGAACAACAGUACCAACAACAGUACCAACGACAUUACGAACAUCAGUACAAACAACAUUACGAACAUCAGUACGAACAACAGUACGAACGACAGUACGAACAACAUUACGAA